GCCGUCAACAAAGUGGUGUACGAUGACCACGAAAGCGAGGAGGAGGAGGAGGAGGACAUGGUCUCGGAGGAGGAGGAGGAGGACGGCGACGCCGAGGAGACCCAGGAUUCCGAGGACGACGAGGAAGACGAGAUGGAGGAUGACGACGAUGACUCUGAUUACCCGGAGGAGAUGGAAGACGAUGACGACGACGCAAGCUACUGCACCGAGAGCAGCUUCAGGAGCCAUAGCACCUAUAGCAGCACUCCAGGAAGACGAAAACCACGAGUACAUCGACCUCGUUCUCCAAUAUUGGAAGAAAAAGACAUCCCGCCCCUUGAAUUCCCCAAGUCCUCUGAGGAUUUAAUGGUGCCUAAUGAGCAUAUAAUGAAUGUUAUUGCCAUUUAUGAGGUCCUGCGGAACUUUGGCACUGUUUUAAGAUUGUCUCCUUUUCGCUUUGAGGACUUCUGUGCGGCUCUGGUUAGUCAAGAACAGUGCACCCUGAUGGCAGAGAUGCACGUUGUCCUUUUGAAAGCGGUUUUACGUGAAGAAGACACUUCCAAUACUACCUUUGGACCUGCUGAUCUGAAAGAUAGCGUUAAUUCCACACUUUAUUUCAUAGAUGGGAUGACGUGGCCGGAGGUGCUGCGGGUGUACUGUGAGAGCGAUAAGGAAUACCAUCAUGUUCUUCCUUAUCAAGAAGCAGAGGACUACCCAUACGGACCCGUGGAGAACAAAAUCAAAGUUCUGCAGUUCUUAGUGGAUCAGUUUCUUACAACAAACAUUGCUCGUGAGGAAUUGAUGUCUGAAGGGGUGAUCCAGUAUGACGACCAUUGUAGGGUCUGUCACAAACUUGGGGAUUUGCUUUGUUGUGAGACCUGUUCGGCCGUGUACCAUUUGGAAUGUGUGAAGCCUCCCCUGGAGGAGGUACCUGAAGAUGAGUGGCAGUGUGAAGUCUGUGUAGCACACAAGGUGCCUGGAGUGACUGACUGUGUUGCUGAAAUCCAAAAAAAUAAACCAUAUAUCCGACACGAACCUAUUGGAUAUGACCGAAGUCGGAGGAAAUACUGGUUCUUGAACCGAAGACUCAUAAUAGAAGAAGAUACAGAAAAUGAGAAUGAAAAGAAAAUUUGGUACUACAGCACAAAGGUCCAGCUUGCAGAAUUAAUUGACUGUCUAGACAAAGAUUACUGGGAAGCAGAACUCUGCAAAAUUCUAGAAGAAAUGCGUGAAGAAAUUCACCGGCACAUGGACAUCACAGAAGACCUGACCAAUAAGGCACGGGGCAGCAACAAGUCCUUUCUGGCUGCAGCAAAUGAAGAAAUUUUGGAAUCCAUAAGGGCCAAAAAAGGAGAAAUUGAUACUGGUGGAAGCCCUGAAGAAAUAGAAAAGGACAAGAAUGAGACUGAGAAUACCGACUCAAAAGAUUCUGAGAAAAGCAGAGAGGAGUUGGAAGGCCAGGCCCUUGAAAAAGACGGUGAUGACCAGACACCAGAUAAUGGUCCUGAACAAAGCAAAUCUGAGGUGGGUGAUUACAAAUCAGACAAGUCUAAUGGUGAAAGAAGCGAGUCUCCCGGACCUGGAAAAGGUGGAUCUGGUUCUACCCGAAUUAUCACUAGAUUACGAAACCCAGAGAGCAAAUUGAGCCAGUUGAAAAACCAGCAGGUGGCAGCUGCAGCCCAUGAAGCAAAUAAAUUCUUUAAGGAAGGCAAAGAGGUUCUGGUUGUUAACUCUCAAGGUGAAAUCUCACGAUUGAGCACCAAGAAAGAUGUGGUCAUGAAAGGAAAUAUCAACAACUAUUUUAAAUUGGGUCAAGAAGGGAAGUAUCGCGUCUAUCACAAUCAGUACUCCACCAACUCGUUCGCUUUAAAUAAGCACCAACACAGAGAAGAUCAUGAUAAAAGGAGGCACCUUGCACAUAAAUUCUGCCUGACUCCGGCAGGAGAGUUCAAAUGGAAUGGUUCUGUUCAUGGGUCCAAAGUUCUUACCAUAUCCACUCUGAGACUGACUAUCACCCAACUAGAAAACAACAUCCCUUCUUCCUUUCUUCACCCUAAUUGGGCUUCACACAGGGCAAAUUGGAUCAAGGCAGUUCAGAUGUGCAGCAAACCCAGAGAAUUUGCCCUGGCUUUGGCUAUUUUGGAGUGUGCAGUUAAGCCGGUUGUGAUGCUGCCGAUAUGGCGAGAAUCUUUAGGACAUACUAGAUUACACAGAAUGACAUCAAUUGAAAGAGAAGAAAAAGAGAAAGUUAAAAAAAAAGAGAAAAAACAAGAAGAAGAAGAAACAAUGCAGCAAGCUACAUGGGUAAAAUAUACAUUUCCAGUCAAACAUCAGGUUUGGAAACAAAAAGGAGAAGAAUACAGAGUAACAGGAUAUGGUGGUUGGAGCUGGAUUAGUAAAACUCAUGUUUAUAGAUUUCUUCCUAAAUUACCUGGCAACACUAACGUGCAUUACAGAAAAUCAUUAGAAGAAACCAAAAAUAUUAAGGAUGAAGAUAUGGAUGACUUAGAUAAAAGAAAGAGCCCACGAAGUCCCAAAAAGGUAAAAGUAGAGCUGGAUUCUGAAAAAGACGAGGUAAAAGAUUCAGAAGCUGCAAGAGGAUUAGAUCAUACUGAAAUGGACAUUUCAAAGAUUACCGAGAAGGACCAAGAUGUAAAGGAAGUUUUCGAUUCUGAUAAUGACAAAUCCUUCAAGGAAGAACCAAUGGAAAUUGACGAUGAUGAUGGUGAUGAUGAUGAUGUCAGAGAAGAGUCCCACAUGACUUGCCAAGAAAUUUCUCAAGUUGAUGUUGUCAAUGUCAGUGAGGGUUUUCAUCUAAGGACUAGUUAUAAAAAGAAAAUAAAAUCAUCCAAAUUAGAUGGACUCCUUGAAAGAAGAAUUAAACAGUUUACACUGGAAGAGAAACAGCGCCUAGAAAAAAUUAAGUUGGAGGGUGGGAUUAAAAGUACAGGAAAGACAUCUUCAGGUUCUUUGAAAAGCUCAUCUGAAUCACCAGUGAUAACAAAAGUUAAAGAAGGGUGUGACUUGCUUAGACAAGAACAGAGUCGUAAUAUAAUUGAUGAGAAAUCUGAAGAUUUGAAUCAAGGGUGCUCACAAAGUGAUUCCUCUCUUCUUGGAAUCAGCAACUCUAACCAUACCACAAAAAAACUUCUUCCAAAGGAUCAAAUGAUAGAUGAUGUCUCCAUUCAGAGCCCAGAGACAGACUUUUACAAACAGAGUUCUGUGCGUGGUGACAUGGAUGACAGUCUCUCUGAACUCACCAGUAAAGGCCAAGAACCCAGGACUGUUCGAACAAAAGGAAGUAGCUUUCUCAUGGAUGACACCAAAGUAUCCAGUGCAAAUGAAAUUGGUGCUUUGAUCUAUAAGAACAGAAAACCAGUCCUGCAGGAAGAUGAAGACACCAUUGUUUCUCCUUCAGAGAGCUCUCUACUUCCAUCAAUACCUAGAAGUACUAGUGACAGAGAUGCCCAAUCUCUGUCAAAAGCCCUGGACUUUGAAGGAAAAUUAGGAUGUGACUCUGAAUAUAAUAGUGCUUUGGAAAAUAGUUCUGACACUAUGUCUGUGCAGGACAGCAGUGAAGAAGAUAUGAUUAUUCAGAAUAGCAAUGAAAGUCUUUCCGAACAGUCCGUAACCAAUGAACAAGGUCUUAACAACUUGGAACCAUUGAAACGUGAGUUUGUUUCCAGUAAAUCCCCUGGAAACCGUGACGACAGACGUCAUGCCAAGGUGUCUGAAGCAAACGGCAAGAAAUUAAAUCAAGAACCAAAGUUAGAGGGGAGACAAGUUAGUAAAUGUGUGGACCAAAUAAAUCUUAAAAAUAUCACUGACAAGAAAAAUAAUGAAAACCGAGAGUCUGAAAAGAAAGGGCAAAAAGGAAGUGCAUUUCAAAUAAAUGGAAAAGAUACUAAACCUAAAGCUUAUUUGAAAGAAAUCUCUGAGUGUGCCAAUGUUGAACCAAAGGUUAAUAAUAUCAGUAAAAUUGUUCCUGAAAAGGAUGCUAAGUCAUUAACUGUUAAGGACUCUCCUGCAAAGCCACUGAUGAAUGGUGAUGUCAUCAUGGAAGAUUCCAAUGAAAAGAAAAACUUGGGAACAAGAUUCCUUGGUUCUUCAGAUCCUGAACGUGACUGCCAGGAUGGCCUUGAGACUAUGCUGUCAACCCAGGACUCUGAGGGUGCACAGACUAGCACGCCUCCACCCUUUCAGUCCCGAAGAAGAUCCAUUCAUCAGGUAGAUGGCAUGGAAGUUGAGACCUCAGUAGUGAAGAAAGUUACUCCGUCACCUAUUACUUCUGGAGAGGAUUCGAACCUCAGCAGUGAUUGUAUCGAAGAAAAUUGCCUGCCUGGUAACAAAGAUGAAAAUGUCAAUGGAGAAGCCAAAAGAAAAACAGUCAUCACAGAAGUCACCACCAUGACAUCCACAGUGGCCACAGCAUCCAAAACUGUGAUUAAAGUUGCCAAAGGCGAUAAGCAAACUGUGGUCUCUUCCACCGAAAAUUGUGCUAGGUCCACUGUCACCACCACCACCACCACAGUGACAAAGCUUUCCACGCCCUCCACGGGCAGCAGUGUGGACGUUAUCUCCAUAAAGGAGCAGAGCAAAACGGUGGUCACCACAACAGUGACAGACUCGCUCACCACUGCAGGAGGCACCUUGGUAACAUCUAUGACUGUGAGCAAAGAGUAUUCCACAAGGGACAAGGUGAAACUGAUGAAGUUUUCAAGACCCAAGAAGACUCGCUCAGGUACAGCUCUGCCGUCAUAUAGAAAGUUUGUUACUAAGAGCAGCAAGAAGAGCAUAUUUGUUUUGCCUAAUGAUGACUUAAAAAAGUUGGCCAGAAAAGGAGGCAUCCGAGAAGUCCCAUACUUUAAUUACAAUGCAAAACCUGCUUUGGAUAUAUGGCCGUACCCUUCUCCCAGACCAACCUUUGGUAUCACUUGGAGGUAUAGACUGCAAACUGUGAAGUCCUUAGCCGGAGUAAGCCUUAUGUUACGGUUACUGUGGGCGAGUUUAAGGUGGGAUGACAUGGCAGCAAAGGCUCCUCCAGGGGGCGGGACUACACGGACAGAAACAUCUGAAACUGAAAUCACCACAACAGAAAUAAUUAAGAGGCGAGAUGUUGGUCCCUAUGGCAUUCGGUCUGAAUAUUGUAUCAGAAAAAUCAUUUGCCCCAUUGGAGUUCCAGAAGCACCAAAAGAAACGCCUACACCUCAGAGGAAAGGCCUUCGAUCAAGUGCUUUGCGUCCAAAGAGACCGGAAACGCCCAAGCAAACUGGUCCUGUUAUAAUCGAAACCUGGGUAGCAGAGGAGGAGCUGGAACUAUGGGAGAUCCGGGCAUUUGCUGAGAGAGUGGAGAAAGAAAAGGCACAAGCAGUUGAGCAACAGGCUAAGAAACGAUUGGAGCAGCAGAAACCUACUGUAAUUGCCGCUUCCACUACUUCCCCAGCAAACAGUACAACCAGCACCAUCUCUCCAGCACAGAAGGUUAUGGUGGCCCCCAUCAGUGGUUCAGUCACCCCUGGAGCUAAAAUGGUACUGACCACUAAGGUUGGAUCUCCAGCUGCUGUAACCUUCCAGCAAAACAAGAACUUCCACCAGACCUUUGCCACGUGGGUGAAGCAAGGCCAGUCAAACUCAGGUGUCGUGCAAGUACAGCAAAAGGUCCUGGGUAUCAUUCCAUCUAGUACAGGUACAAAUCAGCAGACCUUUACUUCAUUCCAACCCAGGCCAGCGACCGUCACAAUUAGGCCCAACACGCCAGCCUCUGGAGGAAGCACGAGCGCUUCACAAGUAAUCCCAGGGCCUCAGAUCCGCCCUGGUGUGACAGUGAUUAGAACGCCGCUCCAGCAGUCACCAAUCGGAAAGACCAUUAUUCGCACGCCUGUGAUGGUUCAGCCAGGUGCUCCUCAGCAAGUGGUGACCCAGAUCAUCAGGGGACAGCCAGUUUCGACCGCAGUCUCUAGCCCUAAUGCUGCUUCCUCCACACCUGGGCAGAAAGGCCUACCUCCAGGCACACCCACUGCAAACAUACCGUCAUCAACCUCACAGCCCUCCCGCCCCCAACAAGGACAGGUGAAGCUCACCAUGGCUCAGCUCACACAGUUAACACAGGGCCAUGGUGGCAAUCAAGGUUUGACAGUAGUAAUUCAAGGACAAGGUCAGACUACUGGGCAACUGCAGUUGAUACCUCAAGGAGUGACUGUACUUCCAGGUCCAGGACAGCAGCUCAUGCAAGCUGCCAUGCCAAAUGGUACUGUUCAGCGAUUCCUCUUUACCCCCUUGGCAACAACAGCUACAACUGCCAGCACCACCACCACUACCGUCUCGACUACAGCAGCAGGUACAACUGAGCAAAAACAGAGUAAAUUAUUACCCCAGACACAGGUACAGGAAGCCAAAACCCUAGCACCAGCACCAGCACCCAGCAGCAGCCCUCCUGAAGUACCACCUCAGACAGCACCGUCCUCCGCUCAGCCCCAGCCCUCAGCCCAGCCUCCAUCUCCAGCGCAGCCUGAAGUUCAGACACAAACAACUGCUUCCUCCCAUGUUCCUUCUGAAGCACAACCCAUCCAAACACAGUCAUCCAAGCCCCAAGUGGCGCUACAGUGUCAGCCUCAAAGUAGUGUACAAGGACAAUCUCCUGUUCGCGUCCAGAGUCCACUACAGACUCGAAUACGUCCAUCAACUCCAUCCCAAGUGUCUCCUGGACAGCAGUCCCAGGUUCAGACUGCAGCCUCACAGCCGAUUCCAAUUCAGCCACAUACUUCUCUUCCGAUACCUUCCCAAGGCCAGCCACAAUCGCAACCCCAGGUACAGUCUUCAACUCAAACUCUUUCAUCAGGACAAACAUUAAAUCAAGUUACUGUCUCAUCCCCAUCCCGUCCUCAGCUACAAAUACAGCAGCCACAGCCCCAAGUCAUUGCUGUGCCUCAGCUGCAACACCAAGUCCAGGUUCUCUCUCAGAUUCCGUCACAGGUUGUGGCUCAGAUACAGGCUCAGCAAGGUGGUGUGCCCCAGCAAAUCAAACUCCAGUUACCUAUUCCAAUUCAGCCAAACAGACCUGUGCAGACUCACCAGAUUCAGAAUGUGGUUACAGUGCAGGCAGCCAGUGUGCAAGAGCAGUUGCAAAGGGUUCAGCAACUCAGGGACCAGCAGCAAAAGAAGAAGCAGCAACAGAUAGAAAUUAAGCGUGAACACACCCUCCAAGCUUCUAAUCAAAGUGAAAUCAUUCAGAAACAGGUGGUGAUGAAACAUAAUGCUGUAAUAGAACAUUUGAAACAGAAAAAGACCAUGACACCAGCUGAAAGAGAAGAGAAUCAAAGAAUGAUUGUCUGUAACCAGGUGAUGAAGUAUAUUUUGGAUAAGAUAGAUAAAGAAGAAAAGCAGGCUGCGAAAAAACGGAAGCGGGAGGAGAGCGUGGAGCAAAAACGGAGCAAGCAGAAUGCGAGCAAGCUCUCCGCACUGCUCUUCAAACACAAGGAGCAGCUCAAGGCCGAGAUCCUGAAAAAGCGAGCCCUGCUGGACAAAGACCUGCAGAUUGAAGUGCAGGAAGAGCUAAAGAAAGAUCUGAAACUUAAGAAAGAAAAAGACCUGGCGCAGGCAGCCGCAGUGGCUGUGGCCCCCCCAGUGGCUGCAACUCCUCCAGCCCCCACGCCUUCACCUCCACCAGCCCCACAGCACACCCACUCAGGCCUCUUGCCCACGCCCACGCUCCCCACGCCUACCCAGAAGAGGAAGCGGGAAGAGGACAGAGACUCAGGCUCCAAGUCCAAGAAGAAGAAAAUGAUCUCUACUACCUCAAAGGAAACGAAGAAAGACACGAAGCUUUACUGUAUCUGUAAAACGCCUUAUGAUGAAUCCAAAUUUUAUAUUGGCUGUGACCGCUGUCAGAAUUGGUACCAUGGGCGCUGCGUUGGCAUCUUGCAAAGUGAGGCAGAGCUCAUUGAUGAGUAUGUCUGUCCACAGUGCCAGUCCACAGAAGAUGCCAUGACAGUGCUCACCCCGCUAACGGAGAAGGAUUAUGAGGGGUUGAAGAGAGUGCUGCGCUCCUUACAGGCUCACAAGAUGGCCUGGCCUUUCCUUGAACCAGUAGAUCCUAAUGAUGCACCAGAUUAUUAUGGUGUUAUUAAAGAGCCUAUGGACCUUGCCACCAUGGAAGAAAGGGUACAAAGGCGAUAUUAUGAAAGGCUGACGGAAUUUGUGGCGGAUAUGACCAAAAUUUUUGAUAACUGCCGUUACUACAAUCCUAGCGACUCCCCUUUCUACCAGUGUGCAGAAGUUCUUGAAUCAUUCUUUGUGCAGAAAUUAAAAGGCUUCAAGGCCAGCAGGUGA